AAAACUAUCCAGAGACAACGUGUGUUGCGUUUAGCUGCAAUUGAGCUUUUUACGUGAAAUUGGCCAGACUCGUUGAUCGUUGUGUAGUUCAGUGGUACCGUACAUAAUGGACAGUUGGGGUGCAUGUGGUCUUUCUCAACAUACGCUUGAUAUUGUGAGAAAUCAAGGAUUCAAGCAGAUGACUCCAGUUCAGACGGCAACAAUUCCUUUAUUUCUGAGGAAUAAAGAUGUCGCAGUUGAAGCAGUUACAGGAAGUGGAAAAACUCUUGCGUUUGUCAUUCCCAUGAUUGAAAUGUUGAUGAGGAAAACCAAAACAAUAAAAAAAGCAUGAGGUAAUGAUUCAAAUGUAUUUUCAAUCAUAAUUAGUCCAACUCGAGAACUUGCGAGUCAAAUUUCUGAAGUAGUUUCUGAUUUUUUGACUGGAGAAGAUGCCGGAGGUCUUUCACACAUGUUGUUGAUCGGUGGAAGGGGGGAAAUGACGAGAGAUAUUGAGAGUUUUGAAGAAAAUGGUGCCCAUAUAUUGGUCGGAACACCUGGCAGAAUCAACAGUGCGUUUGAAACAUCAAAAUUAUUUUGUUCCGCUGUUCGUUCGUUAGAAAUCUUGAUAUUAGACGAAGCGGACCGAUUACUUGAUCUUGGUUUCCACCAAUCACUGAGUUCUAUUCUAAGUCAUUUACCAAAGCAAAGGCGAACUGGGUUAUUCAGUGCUACACAGACGGAAGAAACUGAAAAACUAAUAAAGGCUGGAUUGAGAAAUCCUGUCAAAAUCACAGUCAAACAGAAAAUAUCAACUACUGAAGAUGCCUGUGUUCGAACGCCCACUACAUUGAAAAAUUAUUAUGUCAUCUGCACUGCUAAAGAAAAAUUCAACAAAUUGAUGACAUUCUUGAAAUCUCAUAAAAGUGAAAAACACAUCGUAUUUUUUUCUACUUGUGCAUCUGUGGAUUAUUUUGGGAGAGCAGUGAAAGAAUUCAUGAAAGGCAUGACAGAAGUAUCAUUAAUUCAUGGAAAAAUCAAAAAGAAACGUUUGAAAAUUUUUAGCGAUUUCAGAGAUAAGAAAAGUGGGAUCCUCAUUUGCACGGAUGUGAUGGCACGAGGAGUUGACAUUCCAGAAGUUCACUGGGUUUUGCAGUUCGAUCCUCCGAGCAAUGCAAGUGCUUUUGUGCAUCGAUGUGGUAGAACAGCCAGAAUCGGUCGAAAAGGAAAUGCUUUGAUAUUUUUGUUAGAAAACGAACAAUCCUAUGUUGAAUUUAUGCAAAUUAAUCAAAAAGCACCAAUCUUUGAAUACAAAGAACCAGAAUCCUCAGUUUCCAACGUUGAAUAUUUACAAAAAUUAGCGAAUUUAUCGAUGUCAGAUCGAGCAAUGAUGGAACGUGGGACGAGAGCUUUUGUUUCUUUCAUUCAAUCUUAUGCAAAACACGAAUGCAGCUUAAUAUUCAGAUUGAAAGAUAUCAAUCUUGGAGAACUAGCUUCUGGUUUUGCACUUUUACAACUUCCUAGAAUGCCAGAGUUGAAAGGUCGUAAAAUCAUAAACUUUGACCCUCCAGAUGUCAAGAUAUCUGGAAUCAAAUACAAGGACAAAGCGAGAGAGAAACUUCGUCAAAUUGAACUCAAGAAGCCAAGAAACAGAGAAAUUGAAAAUAAAAACAAAAAGAAAUUUGUGAAUAAUAACUCUUGGUCAAAAAAUAAAGAACGAAUUGAAAAGAAACUUAAAAGGAGAGAAUAUAAGAGAAAAAGGAAGUUGAAAGAGGCAAAUGAAUUCAAUGAUAAAGAACUAGAAGAAUUAGAAGAUGAUGCUAGAUUGGUUAAAAAGUUAAAGAAAGGAAAAAUUUCUCAGGAAGAAUUUGAUGAAAAAAUGAAAAUAGACGAAGUUUGAUAUUCUACCGACUAACAUGGAUGAUGUAUGAUCCUAUGUAGUGGCUCGCCACUUCAUUAGGGCGGUGGUGAAAACAAUGGCGUGUCCACG